UUUUUUUUUCAUUCCGUCACAGAAACAAAACAUGGAUCGUAAACGUGUUAAUGGACCCGAAGCAAGUGUUGCACCUAUUUAUAAAAAUGCUGAUAAAGAAACAGUAGCUCUCUUGAAUAGUGAGAAUAAGAGACUUGAUGAUCGUGGUGUUGAAGAUGUCAGACCUAUUUUUUUAAAGACAGGACUUGUCACACAGGCAAGUGGAUCAGCAUAUAUCGAGGUUGGAAAUACCAAGGUGACAUGUGCAGUAUAUGGACCAAGACAAUUAAAGAAGGCAGCUUUUUCACGUAACGGCACAUUGAAUUGCGACUUUAAAUUCUCUACAUUUUCCUGCAGCAAGAGAAGAAAUCACAUGAGGGAUGCAGAGGAAAAGGAAUUUUCGCAAGUGUUAAUUCAAGCACUUUCACCUGCUGUGCGAUUAGAGCUAUUACCCAAGAGUGCUGUGGAUAUUUAUGUAAAUGUGCUUGAGAAUGAUGGCACGAGUGGAUGUCUUGCAGCAGCUAUUAUUGCAUCCAGUGUGGCUUUAGCGGAUGCAGGUAUUGAGAUGCUGGACCAGGUGACUGCGUGUUCAACGGUGUUUACCGAAGAUGGACGUAUUUUGAUGGACGGUACCGAGAAGGAGGAGAAGGGUAAGGAAGGUUCGUUGGUGUUAUCGUAUAUGCCUUCUUUAAACGAGGUGACUCAUAUCUUGCAAGCGGGUCAGUCAGAUACGGCUGUGACAUCAAAAGCCAUUGAACAGUGUGUCGAUGGCUGCUCUAAAAUUUAUAGUGUCAUGUCCAAUUCUUUGUUGGAAUCUUUGGGAUAAACAAAAAAAAAAAUCCUGUUUUAAUAAAUAAUUGGUAGAGAAUAUAUAUUGGGUGUACAGCGGCUCCACCCCCAAAGUUCGUUUUCCAAUUUCAUAAAUUCGCUUUUGUCGCAGCCCAAAGUUCGCUU